ACAACGGCGGGUGAAGGACGGCUGGGAAGGCAGAGUCCGUGUUUGUAAAUAAGACCGUUAAAAUCUGUGUUUUAUUUACAAAAGUUAUGCCGGCUAUUUUUAAGUGUCGUACCCAGUUGUUUUAGGUCGUUUUUAAAAUAUUUUUUUGCUCUUAUUUCUCGCUUGAUUUUCGUGUGGUUUUACACUACGCGUAAUGGCGAGCUCGGCUAACUCGAAUCAAGUGGUAAGGAUCAUUGGCAGAGGGUAGUCAGUAAGAACUGAUGAUGGCAAACUGCUAGCUGCCCAAAAAAAGCCUAAACUGUACAGGUCUGUGAUUGAAGAUGUUAUCAACGAGGUCCGGGAGCUCUUCCUGGAUGAGGGGGUGGACGAGCAGGUCCUCAUGGAACUCAAAACGCUGUGGGAGAACAAGCUAAUGCAGAGUAAGGCAGUGGAGGGCUUCAACACAGAGGAGCAGGCGGCCCUCCAGGCAGCAGCCCAGCAGCAGGCACAACAGGCCCAGCAGGCCACCCAGCAAGCCCAGACACAGCAGCUCCUCCUGCCCCCGCAGCAGCAAGUGACGAGCUGGCAAUCGACCCGGCCUACUGUCACCAACGCACCCCAGCAGCAAGUCAUUAUGCAGGAUCCUAAAAUUCUGCAGCAUAUGAGUGCAACAGGGAUGAAUGCAGCAACCACAGCAGCAACCUUGGCCUUACCAACAGGAAUCAGUCCCUACCAACAACUCAUCACUAGCCAAGGCGGCAAUUUGUCCCAGAAUAUGUAUCUUAAAACAGUGGACGGUCAGAUCCUCCAGGUGCUGCGUGCGGCUAACGGGACCCAGUACAUUAUCCAGCCUCAGCAGCAGAUGGUCCUUCAGCAGCAGGUCCUUCCUCAGAUGCAGCCUGGCGGUGGGCAGGCCCCCGUCAUACAGCAGGUACGCCCCAUCACACAGGUACUGGCUCCUCUACAGGGAGGCCUUCCCCAGCAGACAGGAGUCAUCAUCCAGCCUCAACAGGUCAUCCUCACUGGGAACAAGGUCCAGCAGAAUGCACAGGUAAUGCAGAUGACAGGCCAGCCCGGUCAGGUGCAGCAGAUCCAGCAGCAGGUCCAACAAGUUCAACAGGUCCAGGGCGGAGCUGCACCAGGAGGCCCACAGCAACAGCAGCAGACCCAGCAGCAGCAGCCUCCUAUGAUGCUGCAGGUGGACGGAGCCGGGGACACGUCCUCAGAGGAAGAAGAUGAGGAGGAAGAGUAUGACGAGGAGGAAGAUGAAGAAAAGGAAAAAGAUGGAGAGGACGGCCAGGUGGAGGAGGAGCCUCUGAAUAGUGAAGAUGAUGUGAGUGAUGAGGAGGACCAAGAACUGUUUGAUACAGAGAACGUGGUGGUGUGCCAGUACGACAAGAUCCACAGAAGUAAGAACAAAUGGAAGUUCCACCUGAAGGAUGGGAUCAUGAACCUGAACGGCCGAGACUAUGUCUUCUCCAAAGCCAUCGGGGAUGCAGAGUGGUAAAACACACAGCACAAAGUAUGCGUCCCAAAUAGCACUCUAUUACCUAUAUAGUGCACUACAUAGGGAAUAGGGUGCCAUUUGGAACACAGAAAAAUGAACACACAACAACAACAAAAACACCACGAAGGAACUCUGGAACUUUCUGUCAAGUUUGAGAAAGAGACUCAUCGAUAACUGACCCAGGGAAUCAUAUUUCAGGACCUGGGAUGGGUUGGUUUGGGAAGGAAAUAAACGUAACACACCACCCAAAACUGUGAUACUGACUGAUGCACUUCUGUAUGAGUGGUAUAUCUGUAUUAACACCCAAUACCCUACAAGCCUCCCAAGACGAGACACUGAGGAUUUCAUGCGGCACGGCCGAGGGAUCGAAGGAGAAAUCUUCUUAGGUUCUUUGUUUGACUGAAUUCGCCUCCAUUUUGACCUGACUGUUUUCUCCCACAUUUAUAGUGGACCAGAUAUAACCACUGACUUGAGUUGACCCACCCUAAACACUUUAUGCCAAUAGGUUUGAAUCCAGGUCAAAGGUCAGAUAAAAUAUCCAGUGAUUGGACAGGGAGUCUUUCGAUCCCAGUUGUGUGCCUAGUGAUUGGCUAGGAAACCUGUCAGUCAAUCCCAGUUUUUUUUCAGUGACUGGGCACCACACAGUGAAGUUGACACCAGUGUAUUGAGUUAAGAUGGCUGUUUGAAAAAGGCUGACGUUAUUAGCUUCAUCUGCUUGUAGAUCUGGGUCCAUGUCACUGAUAUGAUAUUCCUGCCACAUGUUCUGUUGGUCCAUACUAAAAGUGCCCUCCUGUUUAUCUAGUUGAUAGUGAUAGCCACUGUGUUCAGCAGUCUAGCUCCCCUCCUGUUGCUGUUUUAAUAUUGUUUUAUUAUGAUGAAGACGAACACUAAAGGCAAAAGGAUGUUUUUAUUUUCUCUGAGAGUGCCGAGUCGAAACAUUUCUUCCAGAGUCAUAUAUUUAAAUAUGUCUCUGAUUUCAACCUGUCUGCUUCAUGCCCUAAUCCUGAAGCAUCCUAUUGUUGACUGUCGCUUUGUAAAGAAUCAACCAAUGAAUGGAUAGAUACAAUUAUUGUAAAAACGUCUUCAAAACACUUAUCUGAGAGUUUUACUAUUUUGUGGAUCCGGUCUUCUGAUUCAGUACCCGAUCAGUACAGGCAGUGGGAGAUUUGCACUGUCAGUGUCAAUGUAUCGUUCUGUCAGUCAGUGGAGUUUGUCCACUGCCACAACAUGCCCAAUCCUUCUGGCUUAUUUUUCUCCUGUGUCUUUGUGUGUAUUUGAGUGUUACUCGUUUGAGGUCUGUCUGAGUUCACUGCUUGAUCUUGUCAUCAGUUCAAUGUUGUUGGAAUGGUCACCCACAUCCUCUUUCUGACGUUACAGUACAAAUGGAUCAUAUUUUUAUGAUUACAUUUUUUUCUUUUUUGUAGGUUUUUGUUGUAUUUAUUCCUGAAAGCUCAGGCGAUGUUAUAUUUUUGAGAGUAAAAAGAAGACAAGAAGCCGCACCAAACUGUGCUCUUAUGACCAUAACCAUGUGUUGCUUUUCUCCCUAUGUUUUUCUGUUGGCUGGACUAGACUCCAUGUGCUGUGCUCCACGUCAUGACUGCUGUCUGUAUGUAUAGCGCUGUCUGUGUCUGUCUGUCGUGCACUUUUAAUCAUGAUGAUGAUUUUAUAAAAGUCCUCUUCACGCCAGGUUCAACUGGGGGGUAACUUGGCGUGUGUUCUCUGCAGUUUAAUGAUUUUUUUUACAGUACCCUUUGCAUAUUUUUUUUCUCUGAAAGAAGUCAACUGUCUUCAGCUUUUCUUAGUGUCUUUGAUUCUGUUUGGGUUUAGUGUAUAUACACAUGGCUGUGCAGUCUGACACAAUGGCCCACAAAUGAAGUCAUUCUGUUGAUGAACGCAUAACGGAACAUUUCAGAGUAUGUUCUGGGUCUAGAACAGAGUGGCUUCUAGUUCUAGAACAGAGUGGCUUCUAGUUCUAGAACAGAGUGGCUUCUAGUUCUAGAACAGAGUGGCUUCUAGUUCUAGAACAGAGUGGCUUCUAGUUCUAGAACAGAGUGGCGUCUAGUUCUAGAACAGAGUGGCGUCUAGUUCUAGAACAGAGUGGCGUCUAGUUCUAGAACAGAGUGGCGUCUAGUUCUAGAACAGAGUGGCGUCUAGUUCUAGAACAGAGUGGCUUCUAGUUCUGGAACUCUUGGCUUCUAGUUCUGGAACUCUUGGCUUAGUCAAGCAGUAGCAUAUGACAUAAGCCAGAGCCACUCUUCUGCUCAAGUGGUUUUGGCAUAAAUGGCUCCUACUCAAGUGGUUUUGGCCAUGUAUUCCAAAAUUAUUUUAUUGUAGUUCAUAAUUCCAUGUGUUCCAAUUCCCUGAUGUCAUUUCGUACACGUGCCUUUUGGAUUUUAAUUUGGCUUGCAGCUAUCCAAAUAUAUAAUGAUAAAAUAAGCAUUUCAAAAGAGGAUGUCUCUGGAAACUGUUUUUUUUCAUGUACCAUGUGUUUCAACUGCUGUUCAAAUAACUGUUUGUGAGGGAAAUGUAUUGUUUGUUUUAUAAAUCAUACAGUUUAUUUUUUAUUUUAAAUCAAAUAUCUUUGUAAAUGACCAUAACUUGGAAGGCUGUGCUUUGAAUACAACUAAUUAGAGAAAGUAGUAUUUUAUUGAACAGACCCAUUGAGUUUUUUGCCUUUGCUAAAAAAAUGUAUUAAAGUAAUAUGAAAACUGG